AUGGGCCCUCGGGGACACAGGGACAGGAACCCAGGGUGUGAGGCCACCCUGUACGUGGAGAACAACAAACGCGCCGAUAACGACUGGUUCCGCCUGGAGUCCAACACCGAGGGCACCCGGUGGUUCGGGAAGUGCUGGUACGUCCACGAACUGCUCAAGUACGAGUUCGCCAUCGAGUUUGAUAUUCCAGUGACCUACCCCAGCACAGCUCCCGAGAUCGCCAUCCCUGAGCUG